GAAAAGCAAGGUGGAAAGGCAAAAGCUAUAUCAAGCAAAAUACAGAGUGUGUAGCAUACUUUUGAACUGGUGACAAGAAUUUAGAUCAAGUGAUGAUGCAUGUUGUGUCUCCUUUUUGUAUUAUGUCUAUGUGCCUAAUGUAUGCAAUUGAAAAAAAUGCAUUUGGCUGCUUGAAGGGAGCUUUGUUGACAUAUGGGGAUCUCUUUAUUUGCAGUACUGCUGCAGCUAACUUAGCUUGGUUGUGUACUAGGCUAGGAGUUGUGUAAUCUCAUGACGAGUUAAUUUCUCGUCCCUAGAUUUUUUAUGAUGUUACUGUAUUCAGCUGCUGUAUAAUAGUGUACUAUUACAUUUCUUAUAUUUUAUUUCAAUGAAGGCAAUAUUUUGCCAAAGAAAACCAUGAUUCAGGCAUAUUCUUUUCUUAUCUAUGUGCACACCCCUGCUCAUCUUUGUGUGGAUAGAUGAGGCACAUUUGAAGCAAUAGUUCAUUUUAUUAUUCGUCAAUGUGUGUACUUUGCUGUUUAAGAUGAGGUUAUGUAUUUUCUGGUUGGAGGACCACCCUUUCAUGGAUUGUAUGUUUAUCUUCCUCUGCUGUGUUUGUCAGGUUUAUGAAGAUGAAAGAAAGAGCUAUCAUUGUGUCCCUGUGGUUAUUCACGUUGAUUCACAAACAUAAUCGGAGAAAAAAGGCAGGAGAUGUCUCAAAGUGUGUCAACCUUCUAAUUCUAUGACACCAGCAAUUGGCAUGGUCCUGGUUGAUAUUGAGAAUGAGAAGCCCAUCAGAUAUUUUUCCCAGGAACUGAAGGCAGCUACAAACAAUUUCGCAGAAUUCCUGGGGAAGGGUGUUAUGGUAAAGUUUACGAAGGAAACUUACGCAAUGAAAACUUACCAGGUAGGAGACCGGUGGCUGUAGAGGUUCUAGAAGCUCGCUCUGAUCAGAAAGUAGAGGAUCAGUUCUUGGCAGAAUUGAGAACCUUCGCUAGAGCCCGCCAUGUCAAUCUUAUUCAACUACUCGGGUUUUGCUACGAUGCAGACUUGCAAGAUCUUGUUUAUGAAUACAUGGAAGAAGGCUGCCUGGGAGGAAAUUCUGCCCCAAAGUUGCUGAUUUUGGAUUGGCUCUUCUUUUUAACCGGCAGAAGAAAGAAAUCACACUGACACAUUUCAGUGGUACUAUUGGAUAUGCUGCACCAGACCUCUACAUCCCUACAUUGCCCCUAACACACAAGUGUGAUGUUUAUAGUUUUGGGAUGCUUUUGUUUGAGAUUCUGGGUCGGAGGAGAAAGAUGGAUGAGGCCUUCCCUGACAGUCAGAUGUGGUUUCCCCAAUGGGUGUGGAAGAAAUGGGAAAAUGGGGAGUUCCAAGACUUGAUGAAGGUUUGUAGGAUCAAUAAGAGGGAUAGAGAGAUGGCAGAGAGAAUGGCGAAGGUUGCUUCUUGGUGUGUUCAGCAAAUCCCUAAGGCAAGGCCUAAGAUGAGUCGUGUGGUGCAGAUGUUAGAAGGACAUGGUGAGAUCCAGCCUCCCAUGAAUCCGUUUCUGCACUUGAUGCAGAAAUCUCCCUUCCCAGACUGGAUUGUCAAGUUUACAAUCGGUCAAUCACAGAGAGUAGCACCCCAGAAAAAUUUGAAACAGCCACUGAAUCGUCACCCCGUUUCUGUCCUUACUCGAGCACUCCCAUCAUGCGCAAGUGUGAGAUUGAGAUUUGCUAAACCUUCGUCGUAAACAAAAAUUUGCUUGCAAAUUCAUCAGCAGUACUUUUAAUAAGAUAUUUUCUUACACAGUUACACUUUUGAGAGGUUAUCUAUGGUUUGAAUUUGAGAUCUUUUGCCUUAUUAUCUCAGCCUUAGCUUAGGACUUAGGAGGCUCGCUUGUGAAGCAAAGCCCUCUUUUCAGCUUCUGUGCAUCUUCUCCUUUUGUUUUGGUGGCAACGAGCUACUUUUAUUCUAUGUAAUUUCUUUUCUCUUUUAUGUUUUUUUUUUUGACAAGAAAAAAUACAAUAUUAAGUUAAUC